CUCUCACACCCGCCUCAUCCGCCAAUUCUCUCGUUCUGUUUCUCCUUUCUCCUCACGAAACCAGCAUUCACUCUUUUGUUACUGGGGAACACCCACGAGUCAUUCUUUAUGCUACCAAACAUGAAGGUUACCAGCCUCUCCGCCAUUUUGGCGCUCUCUCUUUCCGCGCACGCUCUAUCUAACGGUUUCGUGGGCUGCUACUCAUCCUCCGGCAGCUUGGUGAACAAGGGCUCCAGUCAAUUUCAAUCCACGGGAUUAUGCACAAGUACUUGCGGUCGCAAUGGUGCGAGAUACGCUGCUACCACAAAUAGCGUUGACUGCUACUGUGGCUCUUCGCUGCCUCCGAGCGCGAACCUCGUCUCCCAGUCAGAGUGCAAUGUCAACUGCCCAGGAUUUCCAGAGGAUCAUUGUGGAGGCAAUGGCUUCUGGUCCGUUCACCAGACCUAUAUCACGGGCGAUGACGUUGACGGCGGCGACAACAACAACAACAACAACAACAACAACAACACAGAUGGUGGGGAUGGGGACAGCGAUUCGAGCGACAACUCCGGGAAUGGUUCAAACGAUGGCCCUGGUAGUGGUUUCGGCGAUGGCCCAGGUGGCGGCCCGGAAACGACGACGGCAUCCAGUUUCACCGUUUAUCCCAGUCCUUCUGCAGUCAUCACGGUGACAUCGGUUCCAGCUGUGACCGGCACCAGCUCCCCAUCUGCCACUCUCCCGAGCAAGGAAUCGUCCAGUGUCUCCGUCGCGACGGUGUCUCCAACCACAGCCACGUCGGGAGCCAGCCGGCGAUUCCGGUUCUUGUUUUUCUAAAUUGCUCAUAGACCAGCAUCACGUAGUUGCGGUCGCCCAAUAUUGUAUACCCACCUGUCAGGGCAACUGAACUAGGCAACACCAUUCUUUCUGUCUUUGAUAUAACCUUCGACAAUGGCUCGUUUUGCAGCGGUAGCUACUCCA